AUGGCCUCCGGCGCAGCUCGGGGGGCCCCCAACGGCCCCCCGGCGGAGUCCGCGGCGCCAGGGGCCUCCCCAGCAGCAGCAGCUUCCGCGGCGGGCCGCCCCCGCAGCCGCGUAGAGCAAAUGCUGCAUCUGUAUUACGAAUUGGAGGAGUCGGAAGUGGCGGAGUCUGCUGCUGAGGACCGGGCGGGAGCAGCAGCAGCAGCAGCAGCAGCAGCAGCAGCGGGCGCAGCAGCAGCAGGAGGCGCCGGGGGAGCGGCGUCGGCUGAGGGCGCGAAGAAGGGCGCCGAGAGGGAGCCGCAGCAGCAGCGGCUUGGCGCAGCAGCAGCAGCAGCAGCAGCGGGCGCGGGGAGCGCAGUGAAGACGGCGCUGCAGCUGCUGCAGGAGAUCCCGUACCUGCAGCAGUCUGCUGCUGCUGCUGCUGCUGCUGGCGGGGGGUGCGGGGCGGGGGCCCCCGGGAGCGUGGCGAGCAGCGUGGCAGCAGCAGCAGCAGCAGCAGCAGCAGCAAGGGGGGAGCAGCUGGAAGCAGCAGCGCUGGACCUGGGGUCUGCGGAGUUCAACAUGCAGGCCUUUUUUGCUGCUGCGCUGCAGCAGUGCUCGCUGCAGCAGCUGCUGCGGCUGCAGCAGGAGCUGGAGAGCAGCAGCAAAACUCUCGAGCGAGAAAUGCAAACUUUAGUUUACGAAAACUACUCCAAGUUUUUGAGUGCCACAGAAGCUGUGGGGCGCGUGCGGGGGGCCCUGGGGGCCCUCGAGUUGCUGCUGCAGCAGCUAGCAGCAAAAGUGGCCCGCGUCGAGUGCAGCAGCAGCAAAGUCCUCGCCACGCUGCAGCAGCGGGCUGCAGCAAUUGAGGACUUAGUCGCAUUUAGGCAGCUCAUUCAGCAGCUCCAAACCCUCGCCACUCUUCCCCAUUUGCUGCGGCAGCACUUGGGGGCCCCCGACCCCCUGGGGGCCCUUCGGGUGUACGAACACUCCAGGCUCUUUUUGGCGCAGCAGCAAACUUCCUGCUGCCACCUUCCCCGCCUGUCUUUGCUCAAGGCUGACGCCGAUGCCCUCGCGGCCCGCGCCAAGCUGCUGCUGCUGCAGCAGCUCGACGCUCCCGCUGCAGCGGGGGCCCCGGGGGGCCCCCAGGGGGCCCCGGGGGCCCCGGGGGCCCCGGGGGGGCCCCUGGCGGCUUCCGGGGGCCCCGGGGGGCCCCUGGGCGGCCCGGGGGGCCCCGGGGGGCCCCCGGGGGCCCCCGCCGCUGCAGCGGGCCCCGCCGCGGAGGAGGGCCCGGGGGCCUCGGGGGCCCCCCGGGGGGCCCCCAGGGCCCAGCAUGCAGGGGGGGCCCCGGGGGGCCCCCC